GAGAUUAUCAAAAAAGUAUAUAAGUCGAGAAAAAAGUCUAGUUCAAGUCAGUUUUCAGUUGCUAAAAUGAAAAGAACGUUAUUAAUACUAGCUGUGCUUGUUGUUACAAGUGUUGACUUUUGCUUUAUGCAGGGCAAUUUACAAGAAUUUUGUCAGUCAGUUACAACUACAAUAAGAUGCAAUUCAGCAGACCAAUACAGAAAAAUUAAUGGAAGAUGCAAUAAUCUUAAUAAUCCUUUCGCCGGUGCUGCCUCUACAAAAUUAGCUAGAUUAAUUCCACCUCGGUAUUCCGAUGGAAUUUCUGCACCACCAGUAUCCGUUUCUGGAAUUGAUUUACCAAGUGCAAGAUUAAUAUCGACGACCUGUUUUGGUGAUAAAAAUGUUCCUGACACAAAAUUAACACUUACUGCUAUGAAUUUUGCACACUUUUUGACUCACGAUAUGGCAUUUGGUAUUGGAAAUACUGAUGUUAAUGGAUGCUGUCCAAAUCGUACUCUUGUUUCAAAUCCUGACUCUCAUUGUUUUCCAAUUCCAAUUCCGUCUGAUGAUGCCAUCCAUCCACGAGGAGGGUGUUUGAAUUUUGGUCGUAACUUAUUUGAUACUGGUGCUGGCUGUACAGAUUAUAAAGGAGACGGAUUUGUUCAGCAGAUCAAUAGAGUCACAGCAUUCUUAGACUUAUCUGUUGUUUAUGGCAACAAUAAUGUUGAUUCUGCAAAAAUUCGUUCCUAUCAAGAUGGAAAAAUGAUUGUAGAAACUAGGAAUGGAGCAUCAUGGCCACCUGAAAAUUCUGAUAAAAGUGACUGUAAUGUUGAAACUCCAACAGAAACAUGCUAUGUUGGUGGCGAUAAAAGAAUGAACCAAACUCCACAUUUGACAAUCAUGCAUAUUUUAUUCCUACGAGAACAUAAUCGUAUUGCUGAUUCCCUCAAAUCUAUGAAUCCAACAUGGGAUGACGAUAAGCUUUAUGAAGAAGCUCGCCGUAUUAAUAUUGCACAGUAUCAAUUUAUUGCUUAUCACGAAUUUCUUCCUGAAAUUCUUGGACUAGACAACAUGAAGAAUGCAGGUCUUUACGUUUAUGAUCAAGGAAGUUCCUAUGUCAAUGACUACGACUCAAAUGCUGAUCCAAGUGUAAUUAAUGAAUUUACUGGUGCUGCAUUCCGUUACUUUCAUACAAUGAUCAAAGGAACUUUAAAUCUUUUGAAUGAACAGCGAGGAGUUAAAGACACUGCUAGAUUAACAGAUGUAAUGAAUCGUCCAGUAUUUGUCGAGAAAGAUGACAACUUUCAAUCGUUCACACGUGGUAUGGCUUCACAAGCCAGUGAAGCAAGAGAUGCAAAUUUAGACCCAGAAAUUCAAACAUAUCUGUUUCGCAAAACAAAACAAUAUGGAGAUGAUCUUAAGUCACUUGAUAUUCAACGUGACCGCGACCAUGGUAUCGGAUCUUACAAUGACAUGAGAGUGGCUGCUGGUCUAAGUCGUGCAACCAGUUUCGAUGAUUUAUUGGAUGUUAUCAGUUCAACUAAUGUCAAUAAUUUGAAGGAGGUCUACACAAAUGUUAAUGAUAUCGAUCUUAGCGUUGGUGGUGAUUUAGAAUAUCCAAGAGACAGCACUGUUGGUCAUGGAACAACUUAUCAUUACAUAUUUAUGAAACAAUUUAAGAGCACUCGUACUGGUGACCGAUUUUGGUUCGAAAGUUCCAGCAGUCCUUAUCCAUUUAGUAGCCAACAACUUACCGAGUUGAGAAAGUCAAGCUUGUCCAGAAUUAUUUGCGAUAAUUCAAAUGGUGUUGAGCUAAUGCAGCCCAACUCAUUUGUUAUUGCAAAUAGUGGAGAUAAUGCAUAUGUUGGAUGUUCAAGCAUUCCUACUGUUGAUUUAUCUUACUGGAAAGCUUAAAUAAUAACUAAAAUCAACUUCAGAAAUGUUUGAUGAGCGUUUAUGGUCACACGAGAAGCAAUAAAAUAUGAUUGACGCACUAAAAGUUUUUGUUAUCUUUCAAUGCUAAAUGUACGAAGCAGCUAAGAUAAUAAACUUGAACUUGCUAAAAUUUUAA